CCACCUAGUAACCCGGAAGAGGCUACGCUGAGUGUAGUACCCACGUGGGUAAGAGAGCAAAGCGGUCUAAAGCGAUCAGAGAAACCGAGCUUUCUUAGGGCACCGAGAUGGGGAAGAAAAGAAAGCAGAAGCUGGCGGAUGAUAUCAGCGCCCUGACCAAGAAGCAGAAAAAACACUUGAAAGAGUUUGGGGAGCAGCACCCUUUCUAUGACGAAGUUUCAAAAAAAGUAGAAAAGACUCAGUUUGUUGAACUGCCUGAGCACUCGGAGGAUGAGUCUAGUUCAAUUAGUGAGUCAGAAAGUGAACCGGAAACUGUGAAUAUGUAUCAUAAGCUACUUGCAACAUUAAAAAGUGUAUCUGAUGAGGAGGCUGAUGACGACGACGAUGAGGAGGAGGAUGAAGAAGAAGAAGAAGGAGGAAGAAUUGAAGAAGAUGUAGAAGGAAAUGAUGGAGCAGAGUCUGAAGAGGAAAAUCAAAAUAGUGAAGUAGAAAGUGAUGGUGAAGAUGAAUUUGUGGAAGACGAUAAUGCAGAAGAAAAUGACCAAGGCACGGAAAGUUUAGAAAAAGGGGAUGAAAAGGCAACGGAUCCUGGGGAUCCAGCCCAAGAAGGAGAGGAAUUCACAGAUGUAAAGAAUGAAUUAAAAUUCAGUUUAGAAGGAAAUUACAUAGAAGAUGAAGAUCACAAAAACGAGUCUGUAUUUCCCCCCAAGACUGCCUCAGAAGAUCCAUUUAUAAAGCAUGUUUACAGAGAAAUGGAGGAAGAUGAAGUUGAGCAGAUAACAAGCAAUAAAACAAGUGUGUCAUUGAAGUGGCCAGUGCUGGGUCAAUUGAACUUUUCAUCUAAAUUUGAGAAGGCUCAGCCUCCGAAGUCUGAGAAAGAAACAGAUUUGAAAAAACUCCAUCUCCAAAAGCCCCUGGAUAUCACAUGGCCUGAAGUGAACAGCACAUUUAAUCUGUCCCAGGGCGAUCAGAACUUUACCUCUCUACAGAAAGAGCUUUUCACCAUCAUGAAUUCCUACAAGGACUUGUUUUAUCCCUCCAGGACAGCCACAGUCCAAGGGGAGGAGAUCCGACAUGUGUACUGUUUGCAUGCACUGAACCAUGCGCUUAAAGCCAAUGCACAGGUUCUGAACAACAAUAGCAGACUGAGGGAUGGCAAUACCCAUGUGGAUGACGACGACUUUCGAGACCAAGGUCUCACCAGACCCAAGGUUCUUAUCGUAGUGCCGUUCAGAGAAUCCGCAUUACGCGUGGUCCAGAUCCUGAUCAGUCUCAUGGAAGUUGUUGGUAGAAAGGUGGAUGUGAGUAACAAGAAGAGAUUCAAAGACGAAUUUGGCUCUGCCCCUGAAGACCGACCUCCAAACCUGAAGAGACCAGAAGAUUAUGAGGCAGUGUUUGCCGGAAACAUUGAUGACCACUUUAGGAUAGGUGUUGCCAUAUUACAGAAGAGCAUGCGACUAUACUCCCCUUUCUAUUCCUCUGACAUCAUCAUUGCCUCUCCUCUGGGCCUGCGUACUGUCAUUGGCUCAGAGGGCGAGAAGAAAAGAGACUUUGAUUUUCUGUCUUCCAUAGAGGUUCUUGUUAUUGAUCAGGUCGAUAUUUAUCUGAUGCAGAACUGGGAGCACAUGCUGCACUUGAUGAAUCACCUUAAUCUCCAACCAACCGAGUCUCAUGGCGUUGAUUUCUCCCGCGUUCGCAUGUGGAACCUCAACAACUGGGCAAAAUACUAUCGGCAGACACUCCUGUUCAGCGCACUGCAGGAGCCGCAGAUAAACUCCAUAUUUAACAAGCAUUGCUUCAAUUACAGUGGUCAGGUAGCUGUAAGAAAUAUGCCAGUGAUCGGUUCCAUUUCUCAGGUUGUGGUACAGCUUCCACACGUCUUCCAGAGGCUUGAGGCAAACAGUUUACUUUCUGUGAUCGAUGCCAGGUUUCAGUUCUUCACUGACAAAAUCCUGCCUCAGUAUCGGGAUGCUAUUAUGUCACACACUCUCAUCUAUAUCCCUUCGUACUUCGACUAUGUUCGUCUCCGAAAUUAUUUCAAGAAGGAGGAGCUGAGUUUCAUGCAUAUCUGUGAAUACACCGACAGAUCUGGAAUCUCCAGAUCUCGCCAGUUCUUUAUGAGAGGAGAGAAACGGUUCCUUCUGGUCACCGAAAGAUUUCACUUUUAUAAGAGAUAUACACUGAAGGGUAUCCGGAACCUUAUCUUUUAUGAACUGCCUACUUAUCCACACUUCUACAGCGAGGUGUGUAACAUGAUGAAAUCAUGGAAGCAAGGGGAGGAGGCUACCUUGACCUGCACGGUUCUGUACUCCAAGUAUGAUGCUCAGAGACUGGCUGCGGUGGUUGGCGCAGAGAGGACUGCACAAAUGUUGCAGUCUAAGAAGAAUGUACAUCUUUUUGUUACUGGAGAAAGUAAUUAAACCAAACCCGAAAAGAAAGGACUUUGAAUCCACUUUUUGUGAUGUUCUACAAACAUAUUUGUAUAGACGUGUAUAGUAGCUUAUGUGGAACUAAUAGUUUAAUAGGAAGCUACCUGGACAUAGUAGACACAACCUCAUUUUCAGUAUCUAAAAUCUUCCAACAGUAUGGACUCUGCUGUUCAGUGAAAUUAACGUUUCAAUCAUUUAAGAAGAAACGACGUUUAGUAUAUGACUAUAGAUGCAUAUUGUUAUUUACAAUUGGCUGUACAAUGGAGAUCGGAGACACAUUUCCCAUUUUGGUAUACCUUUACAGUUUAAAGGUAAUGGUGAAAAUAUAAUUCUAAGUAAAGAUAAGUUCUUUCAACUGGUAUAUAGACUUAUCAUUCCCAUUGUAUUGCUAUUUGGGAUAACUGUGACCCAUUGUGUUAGUAUAUGCAGUAACUACACCUCAUUGUGCUAGUAUAUUGAGUAACAAUUCUCAUUGUUUAGGUAUAUGGGGUAACAAUGUCCCAUUCUGUUAGUAUCUGGAGUAACUAUACCCCAUGUUGUUCGUCUAUGGAGUAAUUAUGUCCAAUUUUGCUCCAUGGGGCAACUAUUCCCUCUUCAUUCCAGUUUGACUGUUUCACGUUCUGCUACUAUGUAGCCAGACAUCUGUCCUUGCAACUGGUAUAUGGACUUUAAAUUCAUCAUAGAAUAUGGAGUAGAAAUUCACCGGUGGAAGAGCCAGAGCUGGCAGUUAUUUCGCCAACUGGAACACGUGGUGCUGAAUAACUGGUGCUUUGUCACACAAGAUGAAGCAGACUAUAUUGGUUAGUGCGAUAAAUUACCAUUGUACUGUAUAAGGACAUAAUUCUUGCUCUAGCUGGUUUUGUACGAACAUAUUGGCCUGAUGUUGUGGAAUAAAGUUAGUAUGACCGCUUAGUCAUUUUUAUUCGAGAACCUUCUUCUAUUGUAGUCCAUAUUUAUUUAGUUAAAGGGAUCCUCUGGACCCCUAAAGCAUGUCAGCUUGCUAAACAUCUUUAAGUGUGAAGAGUGUGUCCUCUUUUUUUUCAUUUUACAAAUAGUGCAGCUUUUAAUAGAAAUUGGUACUUAUGUAAAUUAAUCUUGUUACAUCCCCUGAC